AUGACUUCAAGUGGUUUAAUUGAACGGCAAGCAAUUGGGCGUUCUGGAAACAUAGGUUCACUGUAUGAUAUUCGUACAGAUCAAUUCGUAAUGGGAAAUUUAUUUAAUAACGUAUUACCGGACUCAUUUAUAAAACGUUGCGAUUGUGCUAAUGUAAGCUAUUGGCUUGAUUUUCAUAGUUCACAAAAAGAAACAUUCAAUAAUUUAAAUCUUGAAGCUAAUUUAAAAUUAGCAUUAAUGUUAGAAUUAAUGAAAGUCGAAGGAUCAACGAAAUAUUUAAGACAAACAAAAACAAAUAGUCAUACUGUUCGAGCUACGUUUAUAUAUAAAGCGAAAACAAAACAAGAAGAUCUACAAGUAUCAACAAAAGGUUUACAUGAAUAUUUUUCUUCGCAUGCAUUUGAAAAUCCCGAUGCAACCCAUGUCGUUAUUGGAAUUAAAUGGGGAGCUAAUGUAGCCGCAACUUUUGAACGAAUAGUGGACAAACAUGAUGAUGUAAAACGAAUCGAAGGUACAUUGACAGCAAACUUUGCAAAGCCUACAUUUGGUAUUAGUGGAAAUGCAAAUUUAAAAUAUAAUAAGGAACAAAAAGCGGAUCUUGAAUCAUUAAGAAUAAGCUUUUCUGGCGAUGUAUUAAUUGAAAAUUGUCCACGCACGAUUGAUGGAGUCAUGGAAGUUUAUCAAAAAGUGCCAUCAAUGAUUAGAUCAUUGAAUGAUGGGAAAGGACAACAACUCACAUUUAUUCUGUGUUCUUUAAAACAAAUUGCAGAAAUGACAAAAUUUGAACAAAAAAUGACUAGAAUGGUAAAAGAAGUAUCGGAACAAACUGUUAAUCGAAUUGAGAAUAUUUUUGAACAAAUAAAUGAUGAACAAAGAAAAUUAAAUGAUUUUAUAGAUGAGAUUAAUCCAUGGAAAAAAUUUCUUCCUCGUCAAUGGUUUGAUUUAGUCAAAAAAAAAUUAUCAAAUUUUAAUGAAGAAGAAUCAAAACUAAAACGUGAUUUAUCAAGUUUAUUAGUUGCUAUUCGUAGUAAUUCAGCUGAAGAAUCAAAAAUGAUUGAACUUAUUGAUAAUUUUAGUAAACAUCCAUGUUCACCUGAAUCAAUUGAAAAAUUUUUUUAUGAAAAAGAAAAUAUAAAAACGAAAAUAAAAACAUUAAGAAGAAGUAGCCCGGAUAAAACAGAAUUAGUUACAAAUAUCACCUCAAUUGAAGAUUUUAUACAAGAUUUUUAUGAUAAUGAUGUUUAUUUAUUACAUAUAUGUGAAAAAUGGCAACAGGAAGAUGAAGAAAAUUCAUUAAAACAAAUGAGAUAUUUUAUUAAUUUAAAGAAAAAUGAACAAGACACACAAAAUAAUAAAGCCAAAUUUUGGGUUAUUGAUUAUGAUUUACAUUCACGUUUAGAAAACAAGCCGACUAAUUCUGUUAUUUAUUAUGCAACAAGAGCAACAAUAAAAUCAAAAGAUUUCUAUAAGGAAUCACGGAGCAAACUUUCGCGAAAACAAAUUGAUCUAAUUUUGACCGAAAAUUCCAUGUUGACAGAACAACGUCUUAAAGAUUGGCAUCAACAAUUUAUGAAUGAUUAUUCCGAUGGUGAACUGAAUGAAGAAAAUUUUGUUUGCGAAUUAGGGAAACUUUUUCCAAAAGGUGAUCCGAUAAACUUUCGUGAUUUUGCAUUUCAAGUAAUUGAUAAGGAUAAAAGUGGCACAGUAAACUUUCCAGAGUUUAUGACUGCCAUUGCUAUUACACAUCCAGGCGAUUUAAUAAAACGACUUCAUCUGGUAUUUUCUGUUUGUGAUUAUGAUUGUUCCAGAGAAAUUGGUGCUAGAAAAAUAAUUAAGUUUAUUGAAGCUGUAGCAGAACUUAAUAAUGGUCCAUCAACAGUCAAUACAAAUGAAGCAAAACACAUUGCUGGACAAAUUAUGAAAAUCUGUCGUAAAAAUAAAGACGAUAUGGUGACAGAGGAAGAAUUUAUCCGAUGUUGCAGAGGAAAUUCCAAAAUUGCUAAGGCUUUUUUACCAGACGUUAAAAUAACAGAACAAAUCAAAUGGAAACAAAAUGGAAGUAUUUGUGUGGGAGGAAAUGAACAAGGAACUGAAUUAAAUCAACUCUAUCUUCCUAAUGGGAUCUCUAUUGAUCAUCACAAUAACAUUUUCAUUGCUGAUUGUUUCAAUCAUCGUAUUGUUGAAUGGAAAUAUAAUUCGAACGAAGGACAAAUCAUUGCUGGGGGAAAUGGACAGGGAAAUGGAAAUGAUCAGUUGAAGUCUCCAACAGAUGUUCUUGUUGAUAAACAAAAUGAUUCUUUUAUCAUUUCUGAUUUUGAGAAUCGACGAGUAAUCCGGUGUUUCCGCCAAAACGAAAGAAAACAAGAAAUUCUCAUUUCUGAUAUUCGUUGUGUUGGUCUGUCAAUGGAUAAAAAUGGAUUUAUUUAUGUUUCUGAUGCUGAGAAAGAUGAAGUAAGACGAUGGAAAGAAGGAGAUGAAAGAGGAACAAUUGUCGCAGGCGGAAAUGGAAAUGGGAAUCAUCUCAAUCAACUCGAAGGACCUAAUUUUAUCUUUGUUGACGAAGAUGAUUCUCUUUAUGUAUCAGAUUUUUUUAAUCAUCGUGUGAUGAAAUGGAGAAAAGAUGCAAAAGAAGGAAUUGUUGUUGCUGGUGGAAAUGGUCCAGGAGAUAGUCUCAACCAAUUGUUUCAUCCUCAGGGAGUAAUUGUUGAUCAUUUGGGUCAAAUCUAUGUAGCAGAUUGUUUUAACCAUCGAGUAAUGCGUUGGUGUGAAGGAAAUACAGAAGGUGAAGUUGUUGUUGGUGGGAAUGAUGACGGAAAAGAAUUAAAUCAAUUAAAUGGUCCCAAAGGUUUAUCAUUUGAUGAUGAAGAGAAUCUUUAUGUUGUUGAUAAUGGGAAUCAUCGAAUAUUAAAAUUUGAAAAAUGUUUUUAA